AUGGCGUUUCCGUUGUUGUUCUUCCUGUUGAUCACAUCUCUGUCUUCAAUUCCUCUUUCACAUUCCAAGCUUUCUUUGGAUUAUUAUGCUAAAACAUGCCCAAGAUUUGAUAGCAUUGUGCAGGAGAUAGUGUAUUCCAAGCAAACACAGGCUCCGACAACCGCAGCCGCCACCCUCCGCCUCUUCUUCCACGACUGUGCUGUAGAUGGCUGUGAUGCAUCUGUUCUUAUAAGGUCAUCAGCCACCAACAAGUCUGAGAGGGAUAACGACAUCAACCAUUCUCUUGCUGGCGAUGCAUACGAUGUCGUUUCCAGGAUCAAGACCGCCGUGGAGCUCGAGUGCCCCGGCAUUGUCUCCUGCUCCGACAUUCUGGCCAUGGCCACACGCGACCUCAUCAUCAUGACGGGCGGACCACACUACAAAGUCCGAUUGGGACGUAAAGAUGGGUUUGUUUCACAGGCUUCACACGUUGAAGGCCACAUUUCCAGGGCUAACAAUUCCUUAAACCAAAUGAUUGCAAUUUUCCAAUCCAUGGGCUUCACCGUCCAAGAAAUGGUGGCAUUAACCGCUGGCGGCCACACCAUUGGGUUCGCUCACUGCAGUGAAUUCAGCAGCAGGCUUUUCGGCAAAAAUCCUGAUCCCACCCUGAAUCCCAAGUUCGCCGAGGCCCUUAAACGCCAUUGCGCAAAUUACUCCACCGAUCCCAACAUAGCCGUCUUCCUCGACAUAGUCACUCCUGGGCGUUUCGACAACAAUUUCUUGAAGAAUUUACAGAAGGGCUUGGGAAUUCUAGCUUCAGACAGUGCAUUAAUGAAGGAUCCAAGAACUGUAGCAAUCGUGAAUCAAUAUGCCUUGGAUAACAACUUGUUCUUCAGAGAUUUCUCCAGGGCAAUGGAAAAGCUUAGCGUGUUGGGAGUGAAGACUGGACAUAAAGGAGAGGUGAGGAAGAGAUGCGACAUGUUCAACAAUGUUGAUUAA